UGGCAACACAUAGCAUCCAGGCCAUAGAGCUUAUAGAGUAGAGCGGAAAAUAAAAAUAAUGGCGGAUAUGUGCUGAGACGCGAUAGUGUGAUGUGAAUUGUAUUCUAGGAUAAUUAAAAAGUCUACGUGUUAAUUUAACUCCUUAGCUAAUUAGAUUUCGUGAAAUUGAAGAUAAAUCUAGUGACAACAAUAGUGAGAGUUAUGGUUCGCAAUCUGUGAUAUGCGUGUGACGUGUAUUAUACAUUGAUAGAUUUACAUAGCGUGGUGAAAAAUGACGCAGUUUUUACCACCGAAUUUGCUGGCACUGUUUGCUGCCCGCGACCCCAUCCCAUAUCUUCCCCCAGCGGCUAAGCUCCCUCACGAAAAGAAACAAAAAGGAUACGAUGGAGUCGGCGCUUUUCUCAAUGUGUUUGAGCACCCAUCGGAGACGCCGCCUCCCACGCGCGUGGAGACCCGCGAGGAGCGCAUGGAGCGCCGACGCCGUGAGCGCGCCGAGCAGACCGCGUACAAGCUGGAACAGGAGAUCGCCCUGUGGGACCCUGCAGCUAAUGCUAGAGCUACUACAGACCCCUUCAAAACGUUGUUCGUGGCUAGGAUUAACUAUGACACAUCAGAGUCAAAACUACGGAGAGAAUUUGAAGGAUAUGGACCAAUCAAAAAGAUUUACAUGAUAUUUAACAAGGACAACGACAAACCGCGCGGCUACGCCUUCAUAGAGUACGAACACGAGAGAGACAUGCACUCGGCGUACAAGCACGCGGACGGCAAGAAGAUCGACGGCAAGCGAGUGCUGGUUGACGUCGAACGCGCCAGGACUGUUAAAGGGUGGCUGCCCAGGAGACUCGGCGGCGGGUUGGGCGGCACCCGGCGAGGCGGCGCCGACGUCAACAUCAAGCACUCCGGCCGCGAGGACAACGAGCGCGAGAGGGAGCGCUACCGGCUCGAGCAACACCGCGCGCCGGAGCGUCGUCGCCGCACCCGCUCCCGGUCUCGUCGUCGCUCCACGUCCCGCUCUCGGCGCCGAGACCGCGAGCGAGACCGCACCAAGGACAAGGACGACGACAAGGACAAGGAGGAUAGACGUCGUCGUCGUUCGCGGUCUCGUUCCGAUCGUCGUCGGAACCGCGACAGCGGCGCCAACGCCAACGCUGGCGCCGCGCGGGAGGGGAGGGAGGACCGCAAGCGGCCGCGCCGGGACCGGGAGCGGGACCGGGACCGGAAGGAGCCCAAGAUCAAACCGGAGGAGGUCAAGGUCAAGGCCGAGCCCAUGGAUGAUUACCCGGAGUUCAGUAUACCCCCCAUGGACGUUCAGAUCAAGCAGGAACCGAGGGACGAUGACCACAAGUAUCACCCGGAUAACAACGGAGACCACUACGAUUAUUGAUGACAAAACGCGGGAGAACCGUCACUUUCGGUUUAUGAAUCGUGCAUCAGUCUCAAUAAGCUGCUUUGAACAAUUACUGGCAACACUCUUUAAUAGAAAAAUUCAUUUACUGCUAGUAUCAGAAUGUUUUUAUGUGAAACUUAUUAAUUUGUAUUAAAAUAUCAGUGUUUUUUUUUAUUUACAAAAAAAGAAUGAACUUAAUUUAAUUUAAUAUUGUGAUUAGCACAAAUUUUGAAAGUUCAAUAACUUUGUAAAAAUAUCGAAACAAUGUCCCAUUUGUAUAUAAUAUUCAUUUAAUGUUCAAGAUGAACAUC